AUGCUGAGCAUCUGUUCUGUGCAGAUGAGUCUAACGAACUGGGAUGUCGCUGGCAGCGCGCUCAAGGCUGCCGUGCGACUGAAUGUGUGGCUCGGUGACACAGAUGGGAGCAAUGGAGAACCCGAGAAAGGCGCUGGUGCAGGUGGUAGUAUGGGACGAGAAGAGGUUCGGUCCGGGCUGGCCCAGACCGUAGAGUACGUCCUUCAUGGCGUAUCCGGCUUCUCAACGACCGAGCACCAUGAGCUGCGAGAUAGAGAUGCGAUAUUCCCAGGAUGGAAUCAGUAA